AUGCACUGCUACGGGGAGAGGUACAACCACCUGUACCUGCCGGGGCCUGGCUACGUCGCCGAGAGCAUCCGCCAGUGCCCGGCGCGGGUGGACGGCUGCAGCAACACCUGCCACCCUCUGAGCAUCAUCAAGAGCCCCCUGCCCCGCUGGCAGAGCUUCCCCCAGCCCCUCACCUACGUGUGCCCGCAGCCUGGCGCCAGCCAGGCCUCGCUGCUGCCCUGCCAGCCCUUGGUGCAGAAGUGCGUGGUGCUGUACCCCGAGCCCCGCGAGGCCGCCCGGCUGCUGCCCCGCGCCGACCCCGAGCCGGUGCCCGCUCAGAGCUGCUGCCAGCCCUGUAAGACCACCCAACCCGAGAAGAGGAGGGUGGCCAAAAGCCUCCCCCCGUGCGCCCCGAGGUGCCCGGAGCCCGGCAGGCUCAGGUUGCCGCCGUGUGGCAUCAGGUACGCGGCGUCCUGCAAGGACGAGGGCAGGUCCCUUCGCCUCGCCAAGGGCUCGUCGCGCUGGUACGGCCCCGACCUGCGGCUGCAAGGGCUCACCGGCGGCUACUCCCUGCCCCUCCGGGGGGUCACCGAGUGCCCCCCGCAGCCCUGCCUCCAGGAGUACGCCCAGCACAAGUGCACCAAGGGCUACCCCACGCAGGAGUGUGUGCCGCCCCCUCCGUGCCCGGCGGAGCAGCGCCUCGCCAAGAGCCCCCCCGAGCCGCCGCGGGCGCCCAAGUGCCCGCCGGGGAAAGGGCUCAAGGAGCAGAAAGCGGCCACCAAAAGCUCGCUGCUGCCGCCGCCGCAAGAGGGAGCGAAGACCAAGAGCUCCUCCGCGCAGCACCUGAGCAAGUCGCGGUGCCUGUACCCGCGGGUCGCCUCCCAUCGCCACCACCACCACCACCACCAUCAAGCCAAGCGCUCCAGCCACCCCAAGAAGAGCCGCUGCGCUUCCAAGUGGCUCUGGUGA